AUGAAGUCGCUGGUGGUGUGCAAUCAUGACAAGGGUUUUAGAGCUGCGGUUAUGCUCGACACUUGCCCGACGUUAUUGAUACACUCUGGCGAAGAAAAUCUUGGCGCAAAUGCGGAUCAGCCAUCAAGAAGUGAAAGCUCCCAGGCCAGUUCGGGUGUUCCUUUUUCAUCUUGUUGGAACAAGCGUGGUCAGAUUCGACAGUAA